GGUGCAGUCAGCCUGCUGUGUUUUUGGACACAAUUCUGGAGAAACCCCGGUGAGAAAGAUUCUAUAGAUGUGUGACGUCACGGGCAACUGUUAGGCUAAUUGGGAGAUCAAUGGCUUGAUUGACAGGUUACGUCAGCUGUCACUGUUGAUAAUGGGCUGACAGCAAAGUGACAGCAGUGCUUUGACACAUAGGUGCGAGCUCGUUAGCUAUAGGCUGACAGAAUCACCACAUCUCGUGCAUAGACGUUCCUCUACGGCGCGAGAGAAAGACGUGCCUGCUCAGUGUCUGCGAGCGCUUUCUUAGCAAUGGAUUAUACCCUGUAACCGCGUUUACUGUGGUCAUGCCUCACAGCCUUCCUUCUGGCGAGACGAACGUGACCAGCAACGACUAACAUUACUCAACCAUUUGUGUGCUUAGGCUACUUUCGUAACAUAACAUGACGGAACAUCGAACACAAGAUCCCGGAUCUGUGUGAUCGUCGUUUAUCGAGUCAAUUUACUCAAGAUACUCCGAGCUAUUGGCCGACUCGACUAGAUUAGUCGAUAACUGGGCUUCUGGGUACAUCCGAAUGUGCGAUUCUAUUCUCUGUUGUUAACAGCGCCGUGGAAACCAAUCAUACGGACAUUUCAACUUCAAGUAUGGUGAAAAUGAGUGUGCAUCGGUUAUCGGGAGCUCUGCUGGCCCUGUUCGCCUUUGUACUCUUACUACCCCCAUCUACACUAGCAGUAGGGCGUGACAUGACAUGUGAAGAGAUCACCAUCCCAAUGUGCCGUGGAAUAGGCUAUAAUAUGACUUACAUGCCGAAUCAGUUCAACCACGACUCCCAAGAUGAAGCCGGACUUGAAGUUCACCAAUUUUGGCCGCUGGUUGAAAUCCAGUGCUCACCGGACUUAAAAUUUUUUCUAUGCAGUAUGUACGCACCAAUAUGUGUAAUGAACUACAAACAACCCUUACCAGCAUGUCGAUCUGUGUGUGAGAGGGCGAAGGCGGGGUGUGCCCCUCUCAUGCGGCAAUAUGGCUUCGCUUGGCCCGAGAGAAUGAGGUGUGACGAUUUGCCGGAGUUUGGGGAUGAAACCACGAUAUGUAUGGACUUCAACAGCAGCGAAGCUACAGUGACCCCAACCCCAGCUAGUGCAGGCGUGACGGAAAGACCGAGGCCGACGGAACACUGCGAUGCGUGUACAUGCGAGUCGCCGAUGGUACAUAUUUCGGAAGAGUCAAGUUAUUACAAUAAAAUCUCCACCGGCGGUGUUGAAAACUGUGGUAUCCCUUGCGAGGGAGCAUUUUUCACCGCGGAUGAAAAGACAUUUGCAUCGUUCUGGAUCGGACUGUGGUCUAUUCUCUGUUUCAUUUCCACCUCAAUGACUGUAUCAACAUUUUUCAUAGAUAUGCAACGAUUCAAAUAUCCUGAACGACCUAUCAUAUUUUUGAGUGCUUGCUACCUAUUGGUAUCCGUCGGAUUUAUCGUGCGUCUCAUCGUUGGACACGAAGCUGUAGCAUGCAUGGACCAACAUAUUCGCUACGAAACGACGGGACCCGCCGUGUGUACAGUCGUAUUUUUACUCAUAUAUUUUUUCGGCAUGGCCAGUUCGAUCUGGUGGGUUGUCCUAUCCUUUACAUGGUUUCUCGCCGCGGGCAUGAAGUGGGGCAACGAGGCGAUUGCUAGUUAUUCACAGUACUUUCACCUGGCAGCGUGGCUGAUACCUUCCGUGAAAUCAAUAGCCGUACUGGCGAUGAGUUCCGUUGACGGAGACCCUAUAACAGGCAUCUGUUACGUCGGAAAUCAAAGUCUGGACAAUUUGCGAGGUUUCGUGUUAGCGCCAUUGUUUGUGUAUUUGCUGAUAGGGACCUCCUUUCUUCUGGCCGGCUUUGUCUCUUUAUUCCGCAUACGAAAUGUAAUCAAACAAGGCGGCACCAAAACGGACAAGUUGGAGAAGCUGAUGAUUCGAAUUGGUGUGUUCUCAGUAUUGUACACGGUUCCUGCCACCAUUGUUAUUGCCUGUUAUUUUUAUGAACAACAUUUUCGUCUGAGCUGGGAACGGUCUUAUAACUGCCCAUGCGAAAGGGCGAACAAAACGAACCCAGACUAUUCUGUAUUCAUGUUAAAAUAUUUUAUGUGCCUUGUGGUGGGCAUCACAUCGGGCUUCUGGAUAUGGUCGGGAAAAACAUUGGAAUCGUGGAAAAAGUUCUAUCAUCGUUUACUAGGAAAAAGCGGCAGUGCCCGGAUAAGCAAAUCAACGAAUGCCGCUAAACAACUGCCAUUAACUCAUGUGUAACGCUAGAGAGCCGGCAGAGAACGAUUUGUAUUUAUAUAGAUAAUAUUUUCAAAGUAAUAGGUCAUUUUACAAUAAGUUUGCAAUGACAGCCGAGAAGGACAAGAACAUACCAAUAACUGUUAAAAAAUAGUCUAACAUUGGACUCAUAAUACGUGAACAAUGGCGGGCCCAGUACCUCUGCCGCCGCGUGAAGAUGUGUUGGUCGACCCGCCGGCUACAAUGGCGGUCGGUCCCUAGCUACUUUGUACGUGUUCUACAUGUGUAUCGUCGUUCGCAAGGAACCCAGUAAGUUUUAAACACACAUUGUCCCGUGUUUUUUAUUCUUUUUAACCAAAUAUUGCGGUUGACAAAUGCCAGAAAACCAGCCUUGCUUAUUAUUUUUAAUAUCCGCGGGUUUAUACCCUUAUAUUUUGCUAUUAUGAAAACCAUCACUUCAAUGGGAGAAGGGAACCGUUAUUUUAAAAUAAUGUUUUUGUUCAAGAGAACAGCAUAUUUUUCAUAUUAUAUAAGAAAAGGAUAUAUUGAAGUCCGACCCCUAUGCCUUAUUCGUUCGUAGUGGUUUUUUAAAAUCUUUAAAUUGUAUAUUACAUGUAGAUUUACGUUGCCAUCAAAAUUGUACGCUUUAUUUAUUUGUCAUGCUUUUUUUUUAUUCACCUUCGGUUGUGUUUUUUUUUUAAAUAUUGUUUUUAUUUUUGCUUUCCAAAUGCAAGCAGCAGGUUAUUGUUCUGUGUAGUCGUAAGCUAAUAUGUUGCCCUCUGUGUUAAUAUGUAAUACUGCUAAUGACCACCAGAAAUAUAUGGCUUUAUCUUUUUUUUAUGAAAAGAACCCCACAAACUAGAGUUAUAAAUCAAUCCAUAAGUGAACUGUAACAUAGCGUAUUUGCUUCAAGCAUUGGAAAUAUAUAUAAAAUGUUUUUUUUCCAAGAAAGAUGAA